AACGAAACCAAGGUUAAAUAGUAUUCUAAGAGUAUUUUUCAGCAAUCAGUCGGGAGGGAACGUGUUGAGAACCCGAACGACUGGGAGUAAAAACUGUCUGGUGGUCUAGACGGCAACCGCCUGGUUAUACCCACUGGGGCUAGAGCGGGUCGCGACAACCAGCAGACGGUUUUUCGCGGGUUCGAACUAUGUUCGAGCACCGUUUUUUUAUUUAUUUAUUUUUUUUAUAAAAAAAUCGCUUUCUCCAACGGGCACCUUUCCCGAACACCGGCGAAUUACCAUGCGGUAGCAACCAGUGUGAAUGCGUACACAGUUCCCAUGAACUAUACACGGAGAUGUCAAUUCCCAGUAAUCGAAAUUGAACGGGAAACAAAAUGGCUUUCUCAUCCGAAGAUCGAAUCGCUAGGAGCGACUCGGUCCCAUACGUUGUCGAACCUACAACUACUCACUCGCAUACCAUUAUUCUUCUUCACGGCAUAAGCUCCAACGGGGAGAAAUUCGGAAAAGAAUUACUUGAAACUGGCAAGACCGCAAAUGGCCGAACACUCUUACAGUUGCUUCCUGGCGCUAGAUUUAUCUUUCCUACCGCAAAACGCCGGCGCUCUUCCGCCUUCAAGAGGUCAGUUAUUACACAAUGGUUCGAUAUCGCACGUCUUCCAGAUCCAGAAUAUCGAAAACAAACCCAACUUAAAGGCCUGGCAGAAUCUGCUGCAGAAUUGGAACCACUCAUACGUCAAGAAACCUUGAGGAUCCCCCCUCAAAACGUGAUCAUUGGCGGAAUAAGUAACGGUUGUGCUAUGUCCUUAUCUAUGUUGCUUACGCUCGAUCAUCCCUUGGGUGGAUUUAUUGGAAUGUGUGGCUACUUGCCGUAUCGUACGGAUAUCGACGAAGCUAUUAAGGAUGAUAGUGCGGAUAUAGAGGAAGACGAUCCAUUCGCCCCUGAAGAUGCCGAAAUAACACCACAUGAUCCAGGCGUUAAAGCUCUUGUCUUUGAAAGAGAUCUUCUUUGCCUUACGCCCUCAUUGAAUCCUUCAAAAGACAAUACGGCACAAGCUACGCCCAUUUUUCUAGGUCAUGGCGAUAUAGACGAGAAGAAACCCCCUGAAUUAGGCGAGGCUGCUGCCGCGACGAUGCGGACUGCUGGGUAUGACGUUACUUGGAAGCUUUACCCCGGUCUUGGGCAUUGGUACAAGGUACCAGACGAAAUCGACGAUAUUGUUGAUUUUAUCAAGACGAAAGUUGGUUGGGCUAUUUCGCAGGAGUGAGGUCAACAAUCCCUGUGCCAACCACACCGAAAGCGAACACUUGGCUUCCAAUUCAAUCAUGCGACUACCUACGUAAUCACACACAUGUCAUUGGGACUUCAAAUAGCUAGGAUGUAUUUCUAGAUUGUUUCAUAUGAAAUGUACGAUCUAGAUCCAACUGUUUCACUCGAAGCCGGGUCCAUGGUAAGCGGAUAACCCCUGUCCAAAUAAUAAUAAAGAAAACAAGGGUAUCGACAUGAAACGUCGUUUCAAAUUCUUUGGUGGAAUUGAUU